AUGACGUUCUUAGAAGAUUCAUUAAUUGUUUUUAUAUCACAAGCUAUUUUCUUUAUAGGUGGCUGGAUAUUCUUCGUAAAGCAAUUGUUCCGUGACUAUGAAGUACACCACAGCCUUGUGCAACUUAUAUUCUCAGUAACAUUCGCUUUAAGUUGCACUAUGUUUGAGCUAAUUAUUUUUGAGAUUAUUGGAUACUUAGAUUCAAGCUCAAGGUAUUUCCAUUGGAAUUUAGGACUAUACUCAUUGCUGUUUAUGGUUAUUGCUUUGAUACCAUUCUAUAUUGCUUACUACUGUAUCAGCAAUAUUCAGUUUUUGUCUAGAACACACAUAAGACCGUUAACAAUAUUUGUGUGGCUUAUAUAUUUGUAUUUCUUUUGGAAGAUUGGCGAUCCCUUUCCUAUACUUAGCCCCAAGCAGGGUAUAUUUUCAAUUGAGCAAGGGGUGUCCCGUAUUGGUGUUAUUGGUGUGACGGUUAUGGCACUUCUAUCUGGAUUUGGUGCAGUCAAUUAUCCAUAUACUUCUAUGGCUAUCUUUAUAAGACCAGUGACACAAGCAGAUGUGCUAUCCAUAGAAAAGAAGUUAUUACAAACAAUGGAUAUGAUUCUAGUGAAAAAGAAAAGGAUAGCAUUAGCUGAGGCCAAUAGUGUUGGAGCGAGACAGAACUACAGUAUGAUGGACCAAUCGAAUGUUAAAAGUAGGGGUUUCUGGACAAACAUACUGUCCAGUGUUGGAAGUAUUGCGAAUCCCUUGAGUCAGGGUACUGAAAAUAUAUCUCAGCUUCGACAAGAAAUAGCAGCUCUGGAGGAGUUAAGCAGACAAUUAUUCCUAGAAGCUCAUGAUGCAAGAACUAUGAGAGAAAAAAUAGAAUGGUCUAAUACAUUUCAAGGAAAAUACUUCAACUUUCUCGGCUACUUCUUCUCUUUGUAUUGUGUGUGGAAGAUUUUUAUUUCAACAAUAAACAUAGUAUUUGAUAGAGUUGGUAAAAAAAGAUCCAGUUACCAGAGGCUUAGAGCUCGUAGUCCACUGGCUGGGCUGGAACAUCGACCUUGCUUUUUGGUCACAGCAUGUUUCCUUCAUAUUGGUGGGCUGUAUAGUACUAACGAGUAUACGUGGUUUAUUGCUCACGUUAACGAAGUUCUUCUACAAGAUUUCAUCCUCGAAGUCCUCGAACAUUAUAGUGCUAAUCCUCGCCCAGAUAAUGGGUAUGUAUUUUUGUUCUUCCGUCCUUCUCAUGCGCAUGAACAUGCCCCCCGAGUACAGAAUUAUCAUUACUCAAGUGCUGGGCGAUUUGCAGUUCAACUUUUACCAUAG